AUGUAAAAUCAUCAACUCUAUUUAAUAUUGGACAUCAACUCUAAAUUCAUUAAACCUUUGAAAGAGAAUUUUGUUGCUAUACUCUAAUGUAUAAAGACUAGUUUAGGAUUAUAAUUAUGCACUGAUUUUCAUAAUUAUUUUACCAUUUAUGCAAUUGAUACAUAUGAUAUCUAUUAAUUGUAUAGAAAUGGACAAAAUUCUGGUUUUGAAUACAAUGAAGAAUUUUAAUAAGUCUUACAGACUUUAUAUUCUAUUAUUUCAAAAAAAGGUGUAGAUGAUAUUUGGGAAUCCAAAAUUAUUAAAUGCUUAUGUUAAAUUAUGUGUCGAAUUAAUAAAGACAAAGAAAAAUGUUUAGAUCCUAAAAUCAAAGAAAAAUUUAAAGAUUCCAAAAUAACUUUUAUUACUUCAUAAUAUUUCUAAUUGAGUUAAGAAUCUUAUAAUAAAUAUUUAAAGUUAUGUACACAUGCAAGCAAAGAAAAAAUUCGUUUAGAUUUAUUAUAAAUUGAUAUCUAGGCUUAAAGUGAACUUAAACCAGAUGUUUUAGGAAAUGAAGGAUUAAAAUUAGGAGUACAAUUAACUUCAGGAAUUGUUCAUAGAGUAGAAUAGGAUAGAAAUUUCAAUAAAAUUUUAGCAGAACUCUUAGUAUAUAUACUAAUUUGAAAUAUAGUUAUCAUCAUUCAAUCCAGGGGAUUGUUAAGGAUUCUUUUAAGCAAAAUUAAGCGAAUUACAAUAUAAAUCUUUUUGUUCUUGUUGCAAUAAAGUUACUAAUCCUAUUGCCUAUGCUUGUUCAAGUUGUUUGACUGGUACUAUUCUUUUAUUAACUAGUUUAAUGCGAGAAAUCUCAAACUAACAAAUAAUGUAAAAAAUGCAAAAAUUAUUUUCAUAAUGUUUCAUGA